AAAUUGAAAGCGCGCCACCCAGUCUUUCCUUUCGACGUGCAUUGCUUGAGCACCAGCAGCUUUCGUUUCCGCCAGCUAAAGACAAAGAAAGAUGUCCGACGAAGGAAAACUUUUCGUCGGUGGCCUGAGCUUCGACACAACCGAAGACUCUUUGGCGGCGGCUUUCUCCAAGUAUGGAAACAUAGAUAAAGUUGAUGUGAUCAGAGACAAAGAGACAGGAAGGUCUCGUGGAUUCGGCUUCGUCAAGUACGACAACGCCGAUGACGCAAAGGAGGCGUUGGAAGACAUGAACGGAAAAACCGUGGAUGGCAGGACGAUCCGCGUGGAUGAAGCAGGAAAGGGUGGCGGCCGUUCAGGAGGAGGUGGAGGCGGCGGUGGCUACAGAGGAGGAUCCCGCGGUGGUGGAUAUGGCGGUGGCGGAGGAUAUGGCGGCGGUGGAGGAUAUGGCGGUGGUGGAGAUCGGGGAUACAGCGGCAGGAGCUAUGAUGGAGGCGAUCGGGGCUAUGGCGGCGGCGGUGGAGAUCGAGGCUAUGGCGGCGGUGGUGGAGGCUACAGGAGUGGUGGUGGUGGCGGGUAUUCCUCCGGCGGCGGUGGCUACAGGGACAAUAAUUAGGGGCCAUGUGGCUAUGGCGACCGGUCGGGGGGCUCCUACAGAGGCGGCUAUGCUAGCUAUGCUAGCUAUGCUUCACACGAGUAUAAAUCCUCCCUGUUUCAAGAUCAUCCCCUUGGCUGGCUGUAUUUAAAAACAGAUGCGCUCCUCAAAUGUCCAUGUUGUGUUAUUGACCUGAUUUUUUUUCUUCAGUAGUCCUAUUCUGUGUUCCUGUAACUCGAGCACCUUUUGAAGCUAGUUUCGGCCAUUCCUUUACAAACCAUGUUUAAAAGUUAAACAGAAAGAU